UUGAGGAGACUCUGAUUGGUCUUUUAUGCCGUCUAGUACACGGGCUGUAACACUGCCCUACUUCCCACUGGACCGCUGGAUUCCUGCACACCGCUCUUAGGGCGCACUGGCUGGUCAUGGCGUUGCGGACUGUCCGAAACCUACCCUGUUUUUUAAGUGUACUCGGCGUGUUUCUCCUCAGCAGCGGCCCUUACCGGGUCCUCUCGUGUCCUAGCCGCUGUUUAUGUUUCCGUACCACUGUCAGAUGUAUGCAUUUAAACCUGGAAUCAGUGCCCGCUGUCCUUCCUCAGACUACAAUCCUAGACCUGAGAUUCAACAAAAUCAAGGAUUUACAGCCAGGAUCCUUCAGAAGAUUAAAAAACCUCAACACGCUGCUUUUAAACAACAACCACAUCAGAAGAAUCCCAAGAGGAGCCUUCGAGGAUUUGGAGAACCUAAAAUAUCUCUAUUUGUACAAGAAUGAAAUCCAGGCCAUAGACAGAGAAGCUUUUAAGGGCCUCGUCUCUCUAGAACAGCUAUACUUGCACUUCAACAACAUCGAGUCAUUGGAGCCGGAGUCUUUCUCUCAUCUACCCAAGCUUGAGCGGCUGUUUCUGCACAAUAACAGAAUUACUCAUCUUGCGUUAGGGACCUUCUCCCACCUGCAGUCCAUGAAGAGGCUGCGCCUGGACUCCAACUCGCUGCACUGCGACUGCGAACUGCUGUGGUUGGCCGAUCUGCUGAAGCAGUACGCAGAGUCCGGCAACGCUCAAGCCGCAGCUACAUGUGACUAUCCAAGCCGCUUGCAGGGACGCUCGGUCGCAACUCUCACUGCAGAGGAGCUCAACUGCGAAGUUCCCCGGAUCACAUCUGAGCCACAGGAUGUUGACGUAACCUCUGGGAACACUGUGUACUUUACAUGCAGGGCAGAGGGUAACCCCAAACCUCAGAUCAUCUGGCUCAGAAACAACAAUGCUCUGAACAUGAGAGAUGACACACGUCUCAACCUUCUGGAAGAUGGGACCCUGAUGAUCCAGGACACGCGGGAGACAGACCAGGGCGUGUAUCAGUGCAUGGCCAAAAACGUGGCUGGAGAGGUGAAGACCUCAGAGGUCACCCUGCGAUACUUCAGAUCGCCUUCUCGACCUAGUUUUGUGAUCCAGCCGCAGAAUACAGAGGUUCUGGUCGGGGAGAGCGUGACCCUGGAGUGCAGUGCGGCGGGACAGCCACAGCCCCGCGUGACCUGGACCAAAGGAGACCACACAGCCCUCCCGGUGGACCCUCGCAUCAACAUCACUCCCUCAGGAGGUCUCUACAUCCAGAACGUCAAUCAGGCCGAUGGGGGACAGUACACCUGCUUCGCCAGUAACAAUGUGGACACCAUCCACGCCACUGCGUAUAUCAUAGUACAGGCUCGUCCUCAGUUCACAGUGACCCCUCAGGACCAGUCUGUGCUGGAGGGUCACACGGUGGACUUUCCCUGCGAGGCCAGCGGCUACCCUCAGCCUGUCAUAGCAUGGACUCGCGGCGGCAGCCCCUUGCCUAAUGACCGACGGCAUGUAGUCCUCUCCUCGGGCAGCUUGCGCGUCAGCCGCGUGGCUCUUCAUGACCAGGGCCAGUACGAGUGCCAGGCGGUCAGUCCCGUUGGCACCGUCAGAGCAGCGGUUCAUCUCAACAUCCUGCAGACCGUAACGCCUGUUUUCUCAAGCGCUCCAAGGGAUAUGACUGUGGAGUCUGGAUCAGAUGUCCAGAUUCCGUGCAGCGCGCAGGGUGAGCCCACACCUAUCAUCACAUGGAGCAAGGAUGGAGUCCAGAUUACAGAGAGUGGGAAGUUUCAUAUCAAUCCAGAUGGCUAUCUGGAAGUGCAUGACGUGGGGCUUGCUGAUGGGGGACGGUAUGAGUGUGUAGCCCGCAACUCCAUUGGAUAUUCCUCGUCUAGUAUGGUGCUAACAGUGCAAGUCCCGCAGGUGAGCCGGGAGGGUGAUCCGUUUGUCUCGACGUCCCUCGAAGAGGCCAUUCGGAGCAUCAACAGCGCAAUAGACUCCACCAGGAGGCAGCUCUUUGACGGAUCUCCUCGUACCCCUGCAGAGCUUCUGGCUCUGUUUCGUUACCCCCGGGACCCUUACACAGUGGAGCAGGCCAGAGCUGGUGAGAUUUUUGAGCAGACCCUACUUCUCAUCCAGAGGCACGUCAACCAAGGCCUCAUGGUGGACACUAACGGAACAGCCUACCGCUACAAUGACUUGGUGUCGCCAAGAUUUCUGGAUAUGAUUGCUAACCUGUCUGGCUGCACGGCCCACCGGCGCUUCAACAACUGCUCUGAUAUCUGCUUCCACCAGAAGUAUCGCACCCACGAUGGCACUUGCAACAACCUGCAGCACCCCAUGUGGGGCGCCUCGCUCACUGCCUUUGAGCGCUUACUAAAGCCCGUCUACGACAAUGGCUUCAAUCUCCCACGUGGCGCCACUGAGCGAAGGCAUAACAGUUUCCCCCUGCCUCUGCCACGCCUGGUCUCCACCACCAUGAUCGGGACGGAGACCAUCACCCCAGAUGAUCGCUACACACACAUGCUUAUGCAAUGGGGCCAGUUCCUUGACCACGACCUGGAUUCAACCGUGGUAUCCCUCAGCCAGUCUCGUUUCUCCGACGGACAGUUGUGCACCUCGGUGUGCACCAAUGAUCCACCUUGCUUUCCAAUCAUGUUCCCUCCUGACGAUCCACGGCAGAGGCGCAACGGAGCACGUUGCAUGUUCUUUGUGCGCUCUAGUCCUGUCUGUGGAAGUGGAAUGACCUCUCUGCUUAUGAACUCUGUGUAUCCACGUGAGCAAAUGAACCAGCUCACCUCCUACAUCGAUGCUUCCAAUGUUUACGGCAGCUCGCAGCACGAGGCAGAAGAGAUCCGUGACCUGGCCAGCCACCGGGGCAUGUUGAAGCAGGGCAUUGUGCAACGUACGGGCAAGCCAUUGCUCCCCUUUGCAACCGGCCCACCAACAGAGUGCAUGCGAGACGAAAACGAAAGUCCCAUUCCUUGCUUCCUAGCUGGGGACCAUCGUGCCAAUGAGCAGCUUGGGUUGUCGGCUAUGCACACGAUUUGGUUCCGUGAACACAACCGCAUAGCCAGCGAGCUGCUACGUCUCAACCCCCAUUGGGAUGGAGACACCAUUUACCAUGAGGCACGGAAGAUAGUCGGAGCGCAAAUGCAGCAUAUAACCUACAGCCAUUGGUUGCCUAAAAUAUUGGGAGAGGCUGGCAUUAGGCUAAUGGGCGACUAUAAUGGCUAUAAUCCCAAUAUUAAUGCUGGCAUCCUCAAUGCUUUUGCCACCGCCGCUUUCCGCUUUGGCCAUACGCUCAUUAACCCCAUACUGUACCGGCUCGACAAAAACUUCCAGCCCAUCCAGCAAGGACACAUCUCGCUGCACAAGGCUUUUUUCUCACCCUUCCGUAUCGUGAACGAAGGAGGCAUCGAUCCUUUGCUCCGUGGCUUGUUUGGAGUUGCGGGAAAAAUGCGAGUGUCCACUCAGCUGCUUAAUACCGAACUUACCGAACGCCUUUUCUCGAUGGCGCACGCCGUGGCGCUUGACCUUGCUGCCAUGAAUAUCCAAAGGGGACGCGACCACGGUAUCCCCCCGUACAAUGACUACCGGGUGUUCUGCAACCUGACGUCCGCACAGACGUUUGAUGAUCUGAGGAAUGAGAUUCAAAACCCCAGCGUCCGAGAAAAGCUUCAAAGGCUGUAUGGCACACCUCAGAAUAUCGACCUGUUUCCUGCGCUGAUGGCUGAAGAGCUAGUGCCUGGCAGCAGACUGGGACCGACCCUCAUGUGUUUACUGGCAGCCCAGUUUAAGCGUCUCAGAGAUGGUGACCGAUUUUGGUACGAGAACCCUGGCUCCUUCAGCCCUGCUCAGUUGACCCAGCUGAAGCAGACGUCUCUCGCCCGGGUGCUGUGUGACAAUAGUGACAACAUCACCCGAAUCCAGUCAGAUGUCUUUAGCGUGGCUGAAUUCCCUCAUGGUUAUGGGAGCUGUAAGGAUUUACCAAAGAUUGAUCUACGUAUGUGGCAGGACUGCUGUGAAGACUGCCGUACUAAAGGUCAGUUCAACGCCCUGUCGUACCACUUCAGAGGUCGGAGGUCAGCAGAGCACAGCUAUACAGAGGAGAAACCUGCCAGCAACCUCACCGACAACAGCAGCGCUUUGGAAGAAGCUCCAAGUGCAGUAAAUAUAACUGUUUCACCGAAGUCGAGCACUGAACCCUCCAUUAAGGAUUUUCAAGACUUUGUUGCUGACAUGCAGAAAACUAUCACAAGUUUACGAAAACAGAUAAAAAGACUUGAAGGCCGUCUGAGCAAGACAGACUGUGCAGAUGAGGAUGGGAGAGAGCGAGUUAAUGGAGAGAGCUGGAAGAAGAACCCCUGCACCACCUGUCAGUGUCACGAGGCCCAGGUGACGUGUUUCGUGGAAAAGUGUCCGCAGGCCGCAUGUCUGAAGCCAUUGACGCCCAAAGGCUCGUGCUGCCCCGUGUGCCUCGACCAGUCGUCACAACCGCAGGAGAACCAGCGCCACAUAUAACCUCAGGACACUUGACCAAUGUGACCUUGAGCUCAUGACUCCAAAUGUUUCAUAGUUGCGUUUCAGGGUUUUUUCGUUGUUUGUCAAGUAUUGGUAUUUUUGUUUGCAUAUCCUCAGAUGCCCUCUACAAAGAACCAAAAAAUACACUGCCUAAAAAAGUAUUUGAACAGAUGAAUGUCGGGACCCUGUUUUCCUCCUCAGGCAUGUUAACUGGGAGACGACUACCCAAAGUGUUCAUUUACGAGACCUCCGGUCCUCGAGGGACAGACUUCAGCUCCAGCACUAAUCAGACACACCAAACCAAAGUCUUCAAGAUUACUUGAAAAUGACAAAAAAAUACAUUUGAGAUUUACAUAUUUGGAUUGCAUAUAACGUUUCAGCCCAUUUGGACUGCACAGUUUUAACAGAGUCAAUGCUUUACGUAUUUGUCAGUUGAGACGGGUAAGAUUUCUAAAUUAAAUACACAUGUUCAUACUUAACACACAUUUACAGAUUUAUGCUUAUUCUGAGAAUGCGUUUAAAAAAAUAGGAAUAUUUAGAUCAAAUCAAAUGGAUGCAAAGAUUAAAAAAAACUUGUUUCAUCAAUCUGGCGAAGUUGCAUCGGUUUAUUAGUUGAUGUUAAAGCUGUAUAAAACAACUGGAAUUUUACGUGCAAUUCAAAUGCGUAAACGGUCAAUUUAGGCCUAAACGUGUUUGUUUGUCGGAGCCGAACUCUCCAGGACCGGAGUUGCUCAUUUCUGGUUGUUUUACAGAAGAAGCUUCCUCAGGUUUGGGAUGCUGAAGAACUGGUGCUAUCUUACUCCAUUUAAGUGAUUUGCCCAAGUCUCACGAGUGUUGUUUUAUGCAUUUAAUUGUUUUGCAAUACGCGAUGCAUCGUACGGUAUAUACACUCAUUAUGUGCUUUUUAAAACCGCACUUGAGCGAACAUCCUUCGUUUUUGUAGUUACGCUAAAGACAUUUUAAACCUUACUCGUACUUUUGCCUUGUUUAUGGUGCACGGUAUCAUAUUCUGGACAUAUGUAGAAUAUUAGUUCCCGCUUUUUAUCUUCCUCUCACGUGGAGAAAAAUGUGAAUACCUUGAAAUCAAUCUUUGCCAUGGGGGAAAAAAACUCUACUGAUCAUCAAAUGUUUGUUUCCCUUGGCAACUGCGGGUUUUCGGAGACCUGGUGUUCUUUGCUUUAUCUUGACAGAAAGCUGUUGUUGAUGUUUUUGGUUUGGGAGCGACUGAGGUGAAGCGUUUGGGAAGUGCGGCACUGAGCUGACGUCAGGCUCUCUUUUAGGGUGUUACUGUACUUUUCUAUCAUGCUCUGUUCUACCGGCCCAGUAUUUAUAUUCUCGUCAUGAAUGAAGGUCCAGAUGUUUCCUCCCUUUUCAAACAGUGUUCAGAGAGAUGUAAACAGUUGUGCCUCAUCACAAUACAUCACUUGAAACACACACACACUUCUCUCGCAGCAUCCAGUGUUUCACUAUAUUCGCAUUCGCUCACUUAGCAAACGUUUUUAUUCCAGCGGAAGAGCGAUAUUUGUUCUGAUUCCGUUAACGAUACGUUUUAGUGCUUUUAAGGAAUCACUAAAUAAUGUUAGAUAAGAGUCGGACUGCACUGUUUGUUACCGUGUAGCCAGCGAGGACGUUUUGCCGUUGUUUUGUUUUGUUUUUGUUUUCAGACUCGAGUUUUACUUUGGUGCUGUGGAAAAAUUCGUUUAGUAGCUUAGAGUGAUGUAGACGUAUGUUGAGCAUAAAGAACCAUUACUAGAAUUGUAACAUGAUGGAGAUUAUGCAUACACAAAUACUGCUGGUCGAGAGUUUGGAAUAAUUACUUUUUCUUAACCGAUUGCAUUUAUUUGAUCAUUAUUACAGUUUUAUUACAUCAUUAUUACAUCAUUAUUACAGAUCAAUAUUACAGUUAAACGGUUAUUUUUAACCUUUAAUUCCUGUGAUACGAAGUUGAAUUCUUAGCAUAAUUACUCCAGCUUUAAGUGUGCUGAUUGGCUGCUUAGUUAUUUGCGAUUAAUAGUGAUUUAUGUUAUUAAGUGAAGUUGAAAACAUUUUUCACUUUUUUGGUUUUUUGGAAACUGAGAUGCAUUUUAAGAUUAUUUGAUAGGCAAAAAAUAUAUAAAGUAAAUGUUAUUUCUGAUUAUCAAUUUAUUGCAUCCUUGUUGAAUGAAACUAUUAAUAGUAAAACUUACUUCAAAAUUUUGAACGGCAAUGCAUCAUGUUUUCCGUGAAAAUACACUCAACUAUUGUCAAUACUGGUCGUUUUAGAAUGAUUUCUGGAGGAUCGUGCGGCACCGACGAUUGAAGUAACGAUGCUGAAAAUUCAGCUUUGCAUUACAGGGCUAAAUACAAAAUGCUUCUUUUAAUCUGGAAAGACAUUUCACAAUUUUUACCAUAAUUUUGAUUAAAGUAAAUGCAGUCUUGGUGAGCACAUAUUUAUUCCACAUUUUGACCAGCGGUGUAUAAUAUGUGUACUAUUAUUAUUAUUAUUAUUGUUAUUAUGUAAAUAGAAACUGGUCCUCAGUUCCCAACCCUAGAAAUUCAACAGCACUUCUUAUGUUGAAUGUGAAGUUUCCCCGACACUGUCACACACCUCGUACCAAAGAGCAAACGCGUGUGUUUUGUUUAGUGCACUGGUAAGACGUUUGAGCUGUGGCGUGUUUGAGUUGAGUUUUUUGUUUUGUUGGAGUCUGACUCGUCAAGAAAGCCAUAUCCUGAGCUGGGGAGUGAGCUUCUGCUCCUCUCUAAAACAUUCCGCUGCGUCCUGAUGAAACGCCAUCGAGUCACCGUUACAAUCACCGUCUGCUUGUUCGGUUGCAGUCGCGCUGGUUGGUGAUCGGGAAAGUGACUGCUGUUGUGUUGAGAGCAGCUGACUGAAUUUUUACUGUUUUUACCAUUUGUGACUGCAUUCGGCUCUUUUAUCUGUUGUGUGGUUCUUUAUCAGUGUUUUUUACUCCCAAAUGGCCUGCCUUCCUUCCUAAAUGAUCUAACAACCUCUCGAAGACCUUCCCCCAAACCAAACUGUGCACACAUUGCCAUGGACAUGCACUGCCCUGCGAGACUGAACAUGCUCAAGUGGUCAAAGUGAUUCUUAUAUUUUGUAUUGUAUUUUUGCCAAAGACUGUUUGCACUGCAACGUAUGCCUUUCAACAAUAAAAUGGCCACAUAUGAAA